CUAAGUGGGAUCGAACAGACCUGGAGUCCCUGAGAAGCUGCAGCAGACUAAUCUUUGUGUCGCGUUCAGAGCCGUUGCGCACAGAAGAAGCACGCGCUGUGGAGUCGCUCCGGUUUGGUGACACGCGCGCUUCAGACCACGUUGUUCGCCGGGAUCCCGACUCUGAUGAAGGAUUAAACGAUCAAAACAAAAACAACACACUUGAUGAUGACUGAGAAGAGGAGCUGAUUCGAGGUGAUCCAUGUUCAGAAUAAAGUAAUUUAAAUUGGACAGAGAGGCCGAUCAAGCUGUCAGGAAUGGUCCCUGUCCUUCUGCUAGCUGAGUUGAUUUUGGCUCUGUCUGUCCCUGGCACUACGUCUGAGUCAGCUGAGCUGCGGUUCCUGGGGCAGACUGACUUUGUUGUUGAUGAGAGCAGCAGAGCUGUGGUUCGGCUGGUCGUGGAGAGAGUGGGAGACCCAGUCAAUGUGACCGCCUUGGUUUUGCUGGAGGGGGACGACACUGGAGACUUUGAAGCGACUAAUGCUGCAGCCUUUCUGCUGUCCACUGAGACCAGUAAAACCAUCUUCAUUGCUGUGAGAGAUGACGACUUGCCUGAAGCUGAUGAAACAUUUACCUUCAACCUUAAACUGCAGAGCUCCUCCAAUGGAGUGACACUGGGAACAUCGAAGAAAGCAACGAUCACCAUCCUGUCCAAUGACAACGCCUUUGGAAUUAUUGCCUUUAACUCGACUGAAGAAGUCGUAGUUGAUGAGCCAAGAGGAAGAAACCACUUUGUGCCUUUUUCCCUGAUUAGAGAAAAAGGAACAUAUGGGACUGUGACUGUGAACUUUGGGAUCUCUGAAGGUCCAAACCCUGCCAGUGAGGAUCUCAGUCCAGACAGAGGGAACAUUACCAUUCCUGUCGGAAAGGCUGCUGUACUGUUUAGCAUCCUCAUCCGAGAUGACCAGAUCCCAGAGGAUGAUGAAGUGUUCACAGUCAGACUAACAGGUGUGGCAGGUGGUGCCCUCCUCCGGCCCAAUGGCAGCAGUGUCCAGCUGAGAAUCCGACGUAAUGACAGCCCCCUGCGGUUCUCCCAUUCUGUCCUUGUUGUACCAGAGUCUGCUGGAGUCAUUGCCCUUAAUGUGACCCGUGGUCGGGUGACUGACGAUGGGCCUCCGGUUGGAUCUGAUGACACUCAGGUCUCGGUUGAUUAUAUGGUGGUGACUGGUGAUGGAGUCGGCAGUGCCACACAAGCUGUGGAUUUUAUUGACCUACAGCCGGUCAGAACAGUUACAUUCCUGCCAUUUGUCUAUAAAAUCAGCCUGCUCUUCAACAUCAGCGAUGAUGUCAUCCCAGAAAUUGCAGAAUCUUUCCAUGUGGUCCUCCUGGAGGAGUCAGUCAGAGGAGAUGCUGUGCUUGUGCCCCCCAGUGCUGUGCUUGUCACCAUCGAGCCCAACGAUAAGCCUCAUGGCGUCCUGUCAAUCAGCAGCAGCACAAUCAUUCAACCAGUCAGUAUCAAUGAAGAUCUGACACAACGAUAUGACGGCAUCAUGAUUGUAAGAAACGGAGGCAGUUAUGGCAACGUGUCCGUCAACUGGACCAUUAGUAGGAACUCUAGUGAUCGCUCCCCAGUAUCAGAUGACUUGAUGCCUAAUAAAGGGACGGUGAGGUUUUCCGCUGGUCAGGUCACCACUGUGAUUCCAAUAAACAUCUUGGCAGAUGACUUACCUGAAGAGGCAGAGGCCUUUGUUCUCAAACUGCUGCCGGAUACUGUAACCGGGAAUGCUGAAGUUGAUGAACCAACGGAGAUGGUUUUCUACAUUCAGGACAGUGACGAUGUCUACGGGAUGUUUCGAUUUCACCCAAAGAAAGAGCAGAGCAUCCAGAGCCAGCCGGAGGGCCGUUUCCUUGCACUAAGCUUCCUGCGAGAUGGUGGUACUCUGGGUAAUGUGUCCAUGACCCUCACGGCCCUCUACAUUCCUGCAGGUCCAAUAGACCCGACGUUGGCUCGUGACCAGGUUCUGAAUGUUAGCCGGUCCGUAAAUGUGAUGUUUGCUCGAGAGCAGUUGGUUGCCGUCAUGCUGCCAAUCAGAAAUGAUGCCUUUCUGCAGAACGGUGCUCACUUCCUUAUUCAGUUAAAUUCAUUGGAGCUGGUUGAUAUCAAACCUUCAAUUUCCUCUAACAGUCCAAGGUUUGGUGGACCUCUCAACUUGACCCUCACUGUUACCCCAGACAUUGCGAACGGGGAAAUCGGCUUUACCAGUAAUACCACAGUGGUAGUUUAUGAACCAGAGGACAAAAACACAAAUAUGGUGAACCUUCCUCUGCGGCGUGACGGUACAGACGGUCAGGCUGUAGUUUUUUGGAGUCUUCAGCCAAUUGGUACAAAUAGUAAAGAUGUAAAUGACAAAGAUGUGGUGCCUUUAACUGGCUCUGUGAUCUUUCUCUCUGGGGAGAGCGAUGCCUCCAUCAAUCUCGCUGUCAUGGCUGAUGAUAUCCCAGAAGUCAAUGAGACAUUACUACUCACUCUUGACAGGAGUAAUGUUGAGAACCAGAUACUGAAAGCUGGCUUCACCAGCAGAGUGAUUGUCAUCAUGGAGAACGAUGAUCCUGGAGGAGUCUUUGAGUUCUCCCCAUUCGCCCGAGGUCCAUGGGUCAUUAAUGAGGGUGAGGCAGUAGAGCUUCAUGUAGUCAGAGCCCAGGGACAGCUGCUAUAUCAGCUGGUUCGCUACUCCGUCGUGCCUUCAGGCAGCAGUGAAUUCUACGGUGCUACAGGAAUCCUGGAGUUUAAACCAGGGGAGAGGGAGGUGGUGGUGGCCCUGGUGGCAAGGCCUGAUGGGGUGCCUGAGCUGGACGAGACUUUCUCUGUGGUACUUAGCAGCCACAGCACCCCACCCAGUCGUCUAGGCAACCACAGGGAGGUCAACAUCACAGUCCAAAAGAACGACGACCCCUUUGGUGUUAUUGAGUUUGUUCGAUCGGGACUGAGAGAGGCUAUCAAUGAGAGCAAAGGAAACAAGGUGCACUGGGCGGUGUACCCUGUGGUGAGGAACAGAGGUCACUUUGGAGAGGUGUCAGUCUCCUGGGCCAUGGAGCCCUUGCUGUCCGGGGAUGUCAGCCCGAUCCAGGGGAAUGUCACAUUUGGGGAAGGGGAAUAUCUGAAAAAUCUCUCCGUAUUCUCCCUUCCUGAUGAGAUCCCAGAGGACACGGAGAAUUUCACCAUCACACUCUUAAAUGCAACAGGUGGAGCAAGACUGGGAAACGUGCUCAGUGCCACAUUACAGAUUACCAAGAAUGACCACCCCAUUUACUUUGCUGAACCCGUGCUUGUGCGACUUCAGGAAGGGACUGUGGCUAAUUUUACUGUUCUUAGGGCAGGUCGGGCAGACUUUGUUGCCACAGUGAUGUACCGAGUUGAGUACGGAGACACCUCCCCAGGUGACUUCACCUUCCUGAGUAACGACAGUUUGCUGUUGUUUGGUUUGGGUGAAUGGAUGAAGAACAUCUCUAUAGCCCUGGAAGAUGACAAUAUACCAGAGACAGAUGAACCUUUUUACAUUGUUCUUUACAAUGCCACAGGUGAUACUGUUGUUUAUGGAGCAGAAACAGCCACUGUUGUGAUUGAAGCCAAUGAUGAUGCCAAUGGGAUUUUCUCCCUUGAACCCAUAGAGAAAGCUGUUACAGAGGGCAGGACCAAUACAGUCAAUGUCCUGCGAGUAAGGGGUCAUUUUGGAGAUGUCACAGUCUUCUGGCAGCUGUAUGCCAAUGAUUCGGUGACUCCCCUGGAGGAGAAGCAGGAGUUUAACAAUACCUCUGGGUCAGUUACCUUCACCACAGGGGAGGAGAACAAGCCGAUUGUGCUGGAGGCGAUCUCAGAUAAGCUUCCAGAGUUCAAUGAGUUCUUCAUCCUGAAGCUGGUUAAUAUCUCAGGCGGUUAUCCAGGAGGGGGUGGACAGCUGGCUGACACUUCCUUGCAUACCUCUGUUUUCAUCCCCUUCAAUGACGACCCAUUUGGUGUCUUUGCCAUUGCUGAAAACAACCUGGAUCAAGAAGUAGCCGAAGAUGUCCUUUCACAGGAUGAUAUGGCUGAUGUCACCUCUUUUACCAUUCUCCGAGAACAGGGUACCUUUGGUGAUGUGCGGGUUGCCUGGGAAAUUGUUUCUGGCCGCUUCCCAGAGGGUCUUCCUCAAAUGGAUGACCUGCUCCUUCAAGCCUCCUUCCCAGGGGAGGUGGAGCUCAGGCCACAUGCCAGGAGACACCACUCAGGAACAGAUACAUGGUUUUUCUCUGGGCUCCCAGGAGCUUAUGGAACCAUCUCCCCUGAGGAUGCACCUGCUGCCCUGGGCAACUUCACUUUCUCUGCCUGGUUUUUGCCUGAAUUUAACACUGAUGGCUUCAUAGUUUCGAAAGGAACCAAGAAUGGGACUUUGUUUUAUGGAGUUAAGGUCCACACCAAUGAAUCACAUGUCACAGUGAUGCUGUACUACACAGCAAUAAGAUCAAACAAUACCCAAGUUGCCCAGACAACUGCUGAGAAGUUUGUGGAGGAUAAAGUGUGGCUGCAUGUUCUCAUUACGGUUGACGAUGGGAUAAUUGAGUUCUUUCUGGAUGGGAACCCCAUUGGAGGGCUGAAGAGCAUCAAAGGAGCGGGCAUCACAGAUGGACCUGUUUCUGUGUUUAUCGGAUCCGAACCUGAUGGAGGACAGCGUUACACAGGUCUUCUCCAGGACGUUCGCUUGUACCAAAGCAAACUGAACCGCAGUCAGAUCCAUGAGAUUUACAGCCAGCCCGCUAAAGCAGACCUGCGUACCAUCUCAGGUUACCUACGGUACCAACAGGAGGAGAGGCAGAAGUCCUUCGUGGUGGAGGUCAGGGAUGAUGAGGAGGAGGAGGGAGAGGAGGUGUUCUAUCUCCAGUUGGUGGCAGUGCACGGCGGGGCACGCCUCCCUGUCCCGAGACCAACUGCUGCUUUGCGAGUCAUGAAGAGUGAUAACGCAAAUGGACUUUUUGGAUUCACUGGAGCCUGCAUACCUGAUAUGACUGAGGAGGGUUCCACUGUCUCUUGUGUGAUCGAGCGUGUGCGAGGAUCUCUGGAUCUGGUCUUUGUCAACUACACCGUGACUCAGCUGCAUAACUCAGGCAGCGAGACACUGGCAGAUCAGGAUUUUGCUAAUGCCACUGGAGCUGUGCUUUUUAUGGAUGGGCAGCGCUCAGAGGUGCUGAAUCUGUUGGUGUUCAAUGAUAACAUCCCAGAGUUGGCAGAGUCCUUUCAGGUCACACUGGUGUCAGCCUCGUCCAGUGAUGGGAAACCGGGAUCCACCCCCACUAGCGGUGCAAGCAUUGAUCCCAAUAACUCUGUUAACUUUGUCACUGUCACAGCCAAUGACCACCCCUAUGGCUUGCUGCAGUUCCAGACCAGCCCCGUGGGGGAGGGAUUAAUCUCUCCGGCAUUGGAAGCUGCUCAUAUCACUGUUAAUGAAGAAGAUGGACAAGUCCACCUGCCAAUUGCCAGGGCUCAAGGCCUUUUAGGAAAGGUCAUGGUAGGAUACAGAACAAGCCCUUUCACAGCAUCCAGCCCUGAGGACUUUGAGGACUCAGACGGCAUGUUGGACUUUCUGCCAGGAGAGAGGCUAAAGUUCAUUAAUGUUACCAUCAUAGACAAUAGUGUCCCUGAGCUAGACAAGGUUUUCAGAGUAGAGCUCUACAAUGCUGAGGGAGGAGUGGGUCAGCUUCUGCGUAGUGAAGGAAGUGGUAGUGGGGAGAGUGACUCUGACUUUCUGCUUCCAUCCUAUCGUCACCAUGCUAGUUUGGGAGUUGCUUCCCGAAUCACCGUGACCAUCGCUGCUUCUGAUGAUGCUCAUGGAGUGUUUCAGUUUAGUCCUGAUUCCUUGGUUGCUAAUGGGACAGAACCCGAGGAUGGAAACAGCUCCAUAGUCCUGCAGGUGAAUCGGUCCUUCGGUGACCUUUCCAAUGUGACGGUGUACUGGGAGGCUGAUCACAGCGCUGAGGGGGAAGUUCUCAGUAGGUUUGGGAGCAUCACCUUUGGAGUUGGUCAGACUAUGGAGAACAUCGUCGUCAGUGUAGCCCAGGAUGAGAUCCCCGAGUUGGACAAGAGUUUCACCUUAUCCCUGGUUAACGUUUCUCAUGGUCGCCUGGCUGUCCCUACAACUGCCACUGUGACCGUGUUUGCCAGCGAUGAUCCUUAUGGUGUUUUUGUAUUUGCUCCCAUCACAAGGAUCAUCCGACUUCCUGAAGCAGACUCUACUGUUACCCUCACCAUCCUCCGACAGAAGGGCCUGAUGGGACAGGUGCGUGUCAUGUAUGGGACCCUAAGUGAGACAGAUCCAGCACCAUAUAGGACCCCAGGGGUAGGCCGAGCUACUGAGGAACAGGACUUUGUUCCACUCUCAGGGUCUGUUGUGUUCUUGGUGAAUCAGAGUGAAGCAAACAUCACCCUCCGAGUGCUAGAUGAUGACAAUCCAGAACGAGAUGAAUCAGUGUUUGUAAAGCUGAUUAGUGUUCAACUCAUCAAAGGAGCCCAGGGCAGGCCCAUUUCCAAUUCCCCUUCUCUGGGCCCAAGGACUGACAUUGUGGCCCAGGUGAUAGUGGAGGCCAGUGACAACGCUUUUGGAGUCCUCCAGCUAUCGACGACUGCCGUCAGUGUGACUGAACACUAUGUUGGACCUAUAAUAAAUGUCACACGUGUUGGAGGGAUAUUCGCUGAUGUAUCGGUCAAGUUUAGAGCAGUACCGGUUACUGCCAGAAUCAGUGAAGACUACAGCGUGGCUUCCACUGAUGUGGUGCUUCUUGAAGGGGAAUCCAGCAAAUCUAUACCUGUCUAUGUUAUCAAUGACCAGGUCCCUGAACUGGAGGAGACCUUUGUUGUUGAGUUGAUCAAUCAGACUACUGGAGGAGCUCUCCUUGGGGAGCUCACUCGCGCCAUUAUCACCAUACUGCCUUCUGAUGACCCAUUUGGUGCCUUUGUUUUCCAGGCACUUCCUCUCACUAUAGAGGAGCCAGGAUCUACCCCGGUUGAGGUCACACUGCCUAUAAUCCGUAAUGCUGGGACUAUUGGAACAGUGGUUGUCCAGUGGCAGGCCACUGUCAAUCAUCAGCUAGCAGUGGGGGAUAUCAGACCUACAUCAGGAGAGGUAACGUUUGCUCCUGGAGAAACCAUGAAGAUGCUCAGGGUGGUGAUCUUAGGUGACGAUGUUCCUGAAAUCACUGAGGUAAUUAAAGUACAACUCACUGGUGCCAGUAAUGGGGGAAACCUUGGCGCGGAAACAUCAGUUAAUAUUAUCAUUCCUGCCAAUGACAACCCAUAUGGUACCAUCUACUUCGAACAAUCUACUUAUCACGUUCAAGAGCCACUUGAGGGGAUCUACAGAGCCAAUAUUACUGUCCGCAGAAGAGGUGGUCUCUUUGGUCGCUUGGAGAUCCUGUACAGUACUUCUGAUGUUGAUGUUGUUGGCUUAGUUCAGGCUGAGGGCCAGAAUUUGCUGAUUUACUACGGCCUACCAAAAGCAGGCCAACCAUCCACUGCCCCAUACAGGACAAUUAAUAUCACUGCACAGGAAGACCCCCUGGCUGCUUGUGCUGCUUCUUGUCUGAGAGACCAUUCCUGUCAAGCCUUCUCGCUGUCAACAGGGGUGAUUCCUCAGUCCUGCACUUGGGUUGGUUUGGGAACUGAGCAGUUUGUCAGAGAAUCACAGGCUAUGACUUAUGCAAAAAACAUCACAGCGGCCACUGUCCUCUUUAGUGCCCAAGCUGUGGCUGGGAGUGAUUAUACACCUGUCACUGCUCAAAGUGCCUUCAUGGAGGAUGGGUUGGGAGUCGCCAACCUCACAGUCCCAAUCUUAACUGAUAAAUUUCCUGAAAGGGAUGAGAACUUCUCCAUUCAAAUCUUAAAGGUUGAUCUGGUGAAUCUUACUGUGGAGGAGAACAAUCGUCCCUCGAUUGGCCAACCGGCCAAAGCUGUGGUGACCAUAGGGAUGAAUGGGGAUGCAUUUGGUGUAUUUCUCAUAUACAGCAUCAGUCCCAAUGCCACCAACGAGGGGCUUUAUCUAGACGUUCGUGAAGAACCUAUGGCUGUUGUGCCCUUGGUUAUAGAGAGGAGAGGAGGUAACCUGGGAACUGUCACUGUAGAGUGGAAGUUUGUUGGCGGUAAAGCCACACCAGAUGCUGACUUCACGGGUACAGGAGGGAUUCUGGUGUUUAAUGGGGAUCUGAAGAAGACAGUUCAAAUACAAAUCAGAGAUGAUCAUGAACCAGAGGACAACGAGAGCCUCAUGAUUGGCCUUGUUAAGACAGAAGGAGGAAGUCGAAUCCUACCCAGCUCCGACACUGUCGAAAUUGUGAUACUGGCGAAUGAUAAUGUGGCAGGGAUUGUGGGAUUUCAUCCAGCUUCACGUUCUGUCAUUGCCAGAGAGGGUGAGAGGCUGUCUUUGUUAGUGUUGAGGACAGCUCCUGGUCUGGGUAAUGUGACUGUGGACUGGACUGUACAGGGGGCCCUUGUAGCCCGGACCUUCUCUCAAACGUCAGGGACACUUUUCUUUAUGAAGGGACAGCUGAAUGGCACCAUAGUGCUGGAGCUUCUUAAAGAUGCCACACCACAGGACAAAGAUCAAUACAAAGUUGCUCUGUACAAUAUACAAACAUUUGGUGUUGCGGUGACCGGCCAUGCUUCUCUGGAUGUUCAGGGUAGGGAGGCAGUGCUUACUGUGGACACCAGCGAUGAACCCUACGGGAUGCUGACCAUUGCCCCCUCAUCCCUUAAGGUCACUGUGGAGGAACGGGCCCAAAUAAUAAGCAUCUACAUCAACAGAGAGUUUGGAUCUUCAGGGGCAGUGAACAUCACUUAUGAGGUGAUAAGUGGAUCUGUACAAAACUUGACCCAGGUAGAGGGUGCCCUUGCCGAGCCAGAACAAGACUUCAGGUCUGGAUCGGGUUCUCUUAUUCUUCAGGAUGGACAAACAUCUGUUGCCAUUCCUGUCAUCAUACUGGAGGAUGACAUUCCAGAGUUGCAGGAGUUCUUCCUGGUCAACAUAACAUCAGCUGUGCUCAUCACAACCCUCGCCACUGUUCCCCAACUAGACACCAGUGGUUUGGUGGCAGAAAUAGUCAUUGCUGCGAAUGAUGGAAUCAGAGGAGUCAUUGAAUGGACAAACACCAUGUUUGAGGUGAAUGAGACAAUUAGGGUGCUGGCUCUUGUGGCCUACAGAAAUAAGGGGACGUAUGGAAAUGUCUCUCUUCUGGUAUAUGCUCAGAACCUGGAAGCUCAGCAAAGACUAGAUUACAACAUCAGUGAAACGAUGCUCUAUUUUGUGGAUGGUGAACGACGUAAGUUUGUUGAAGUGGAGAUUAUUGACGACACUCUUCCAGAGGCAGCUGAGAGAUUUCAGCUGAUCCUGUCUGGACCGUCCACAGGACUGGAACUUGGCACCAAUACCACUGCAACUGUGAAUAUCCUGGCCAGCGAUGAUGGACACGGUGUCAUUUCCUUUAAUAGCAGUGAACAUUUGUUAUUGCAAGAACCUACAUCUGUAUCUGGGCCAGGUGACAGCAUGGCCACCCUGUAUGUGGUUCGGAACCCAGAGGAAGGCACAUUCGGAACUGUAACAAUUCAGUUUACCAUCACUGAUGCCAAUGGCAGCCUCGCAGAGGGUGACUUGAUGCCAUCAAAGGGGUUUGUGGUACUGGAGGAUGGAGUCAGGCAUAAGAUACUGGAGAUCUGGGCGGUGCUUGACGCUGAACCCGAAAUGAAUGAAACCUUCACAGUGAGCCUGUCUAAUCCAUCAGGAGGUGCGCGGCUAGGUGAUCAACUCCUUGCAACUAUUACAGUUCUAGAGAACCUGGCUCCUUCUGGCUUAUUCCGUAUUGGACCUGCUCUGAACAGAACCAACAGUGAAGUUGUGGUCACUGAAGGCAGCAGAGUAGUCUACCUGACUGUGUCUCGCAGUAAUGGUCUGGAGUCAGCUGUCAGUGUUGAAUGGGGAACACAGAUGGGCACAGCUCUUGCCAUAAGUGGUCAUCUUCCCGUGAUGGGUGUGUACCAGAACUUUAAGGACCAUCCCACCUCUGCAUGGUGCAUGCUCCCUGAAUGGCUGUCUUUGCUGGCCAUGAGACUUGAUAGAAAGCCUGCUGUUGGAGCCCACUACACCUUGGCUACACUCUAUCGGUGGCAGGGUGUUCUUGUACCAGUAAAGUCUUUCAGGAUUCAGGACCCGAGCUCCUGUGUUGGGUUUGCGGUGAAUGGUUCCACCUACAUAGCCAUCACACAUAAUGGGCUGCCCUUUUACCCUGCUGCCAACCUAAGCAUCUUUAAACUGCAGAGAGACCUCAAUAUUACACUGGAACAAACGUUAGGUGUUGAAGCUCUCCAUGUGAAACACUUCUCUGCUGAAGGCAAAGAUUAUCUCAUAGCAUCCAGUCAGGUUUUCGUUAAAACCGGCAGCAGCUUCUCCCUCCUCCAAAGUCUUGACUUUGAACAUCGCAUCUUCAGUGUCACCCCGUUUACACGCGCAGCUAGUACCUACAUUGUGACAUGCAUAGACACACAGAUUGCCAGUUGUUUCCUGCUUCAAUGGGCCAAUGGCAGAUUUCAGAAUCAGCAGACCCUCCCUCUCACUGGCAGAGCCAAUCAAGUGGAGACAAUUGCUGCAGGGGCAGAGGAUGUUCUCCUGCUGGUUCUCAUUGAAGGUGUUUCUCCAUCCUGUGAGGUGUUACAGUGGCGUGCAGGGCAACUGUCACCUCAGCAUCAUCAGUCCAUUCCUCACCCAGAACUCACCUCUGUUCAUCCUUUCACUGCUCCUUCUGGAAUCAUCUACCUCCUGCUAGCAGGAAGAAACGGCUCAGUGCUCUGUUCAUGGAGAGUUGAUGUGAAUUUGUUUGCACUGAUCUUGAAGGCUCCUCCAGCCUUCAGCUUUCACUCUCUUCUGGUGCCUUCCCUCAACACCACCAAGACCCUCUUAGCCUCUGCAGAGGACACCACUUCCACUGUGUAUGAAUUCACCUCUGUGUCCAAUCAGUCUGAUUUCAUACCCAGUUUUGGAGAGUUGCUCUUUGCACCUGGAGACAGUGACUUUGACAUAGCGGUGAACAUUAUAGAUGAUGAUAUCCCUGAAGAGGAGGAGUACUUCCAGGUCAGGCUGAAAAAUCCUAAGGGCGGGGCCGAGAUUGGAUUUGGUGGUCAGGUGACUGUUAUUGUCCCAACCAGUGACGAUGCUCAUGGAGUCAUCGGCUUUGCACAGAAUUCUCUAUCAAUGGAGGUUGAAGAACUGGAGCAGACUAAUCAUAUUUCUCUCAUCGUGGAGAGGAGACGAGGGACGUUUAGAAGACUGACUGUUCACUGGGCUGCCAGUGGUAGUCUAACUGAUAUUUACCCCACCUCUGGAGUGGUAACAUUUUCCGAGGGCCAGUCAGUCGCCGUCAUCUCCCUGGCUGUGAUAGCAGACGGUGUUCCAGAGCUGCAGGAGAGUGUCACCAUCACCCUCAUAGAUGUGACCACUGUGGGCCUGCAGGACCUACAACAGGCUGCUGUUAUUGACAAGGAGCGUGCACGAGCGCUUCUCACCAUCCUGCCAAACGGUUCUCCCUAUGGGGUGAUAGGAUGGCAUCUGGACUCCCAGUUUGUCCUCACGCAGGAACCACACAGAGUUCCAGUCAAUGUGACUCUGUCCAUAGUGAGGGAACAAGGCUCCUCAGGAGAGGUGGCAAUCCGUUAUAAGACAAAGCCGGCCCUCUCACAGCCCUCGUCCAAUCAGGCCUCUGCAGGACAGGACUACACUGCCAAAGACGACACCAUCAUCAUGAUAGAUGGUGCUACUGUGGCCCUCGUCGCUGUAACAGUCCUGCCGGAUGACGUUCCAGAGCUGGCAGAGAGUUUCUGGGUGAACAUCACCAGUGUGGAGCUGGUUAGUGGGUCGUCCGGAGCAGGUCAACCCAGCGUGAAGAGGCCUGGAUUGGAAGUAGCGGAAGUGACAAUUCAGGAAAACGAUGAUCCCAGAGGUGUUCUGCAAUUCAAUGUGUCUGAGGAUAUCCCUGGACGUGUUCUGGCUUAUGAGACUGCACCACCAGACAACUUCCUCCAUCUGCCGGUGGUGCGGCUGGCUGGUGCUACUGGAAGACUAAUUAUCUACUGGGCGGCUCAGCCCGUUACUGCUGAUUUGAAUGAUUUCAGCCCCCACACAGGGAAUGUCACAUUACAAGAUGGACAGAGAGAAGCUAUGAUUACCAUUUCUAUCAUGGAUGAUGAAGAUGUGGAGUCUACAGAGACCUUCAAUGUGACUUUACUGAGCGUGAUUGGCGGUGCUCGACUCGGCGAGGUUACCUCUGUGACUGUCACCAUUCCACCCAAUGACUCGCCUCUUGGACAGUUUGGAUUUCAGGAGCUGGAGGUUACUGUGAGUGAGCCAGAGUUUGAUAAAGAUCAUGCUGCUGUUGCAACACUGAUCGUGCUGCGCACUGUGGGUGGCAAGGGGGCGGUUACAUUGGUGUGGCAGCUGGAAGACCAGGCGAAAGAUGACCUCUCACCUUUCAAUGGAACCCUUUUGUUCACCGAGAUGGAGUCAAGGAAAAUCUUUGAGAUUGAAGCCCUCGCUGACACUGUGCUUGAGAGAGAGGAGAGCUUCACUGUCAGGCUGCUUCCUGCUGAGAGCGCUGCUAUCAUCGACCCCUUAAAUGGUGUGGCGACCAUCACUAUCAGAGGAGACAAGGCUGCUUUGGGGAUUGUUGGCAUUGCAGAGAACUCGAGGAACAUACUUAUUGGUGAACCUGAGGGAGACUACAAUGGGACUGCUGUUGUCAGUCUUGUGCGAGGACCAGGGGUGUUUGGCGAGAUCCAAGUGCACUGGAACAUUACUCCGGUUAUAGUUUCAGAAUUUGAAGCGAUCUCUGGCACUGUGGCCAUGACAGACAGACAAUCUUCUGCUAUCAUCAUCCUGAAGGCUCAGCAUGAUGAUCUCCCAGAGGAGCGUUAUGUGUACCAGCUUAUCUUGACCUCUGCGACCUCUGGUCUGGAAAUCAGCCCUGUAGCCCAGCAUGCCAGGAUUACUAUGGCAGCCAGCGACCACCCUUAUGGCCUGUUCUCCUUCAACCAGAGCCAGCUGAGUGUGACUGAGGAGGAGGGAAUGAUGAAUGGGACCAUUACCCGUUUCUUUGGUAGUCUGGGCAGUGUCUGGGUAACGUAUCUGACUUCCGAUGGCACCGCGGUCAGUGGAGUAGACUUUGUUGUGGCUUCAGGACGACUACUCUUCACCCCAGGCCAGAACUCACAACAUGUGACCCUUCGUAUACAUGAUGACAAUCUUCCAGAAGGGCCGGAGGUGUUCUUCCUCAACAUCACUGAUGUGGAGCUGGUCAACCUCAGUGCUGUGGACUACACAGUGAAGGAGUCAGGUCUACAGCUGGACCAGCCUCCAGAAAUUGGAAACAUUUCUUCACUUGCUGUUGUCAUACUGAUGAAUGACAAUGCUGAAGGCAUCCUGGAGUUUAGAAGGGAUCAUGUAAACAUUACAGUUGAAGAGGAUGUGGGCAGUUUGGUAAUUCCAGUGUUGAGGAGAGCUGGUUCAUUUGGAUCGGUUUCAGCUAAGUUCCAGUCUAGAGGUCUGAGUGCAACCCCUGAGUUGGACUAUAUCCUGCAUAAUGAUUCUGUGAUAUUCAGUCACGGCCAAAACGCCAGCAGUAUUCAUGUCACCAUUAUUGAUGAUAUGGACAGUGAAUAUGCAGAAGUAUUUGAGGUCCUGCUGGUUGGAGCCACAGGGGGAGCAGUUCUUGGUUCACAACUCAUCACAAGAGUAACCAUCGGCAAAAGUGACUCGAGAAAUGGGGUUGUGCGGUUUGUCAAUGACAGCCUCAUCACUUUGGUCAACCCUGACUCCACUCUGAAACUCAGGCUUGUGUUGGAGAGAGUUGGAGGCCUUGUGGGCGAUGCAACAGCUGCGUGGAUUGUCCUCGGCCCCAACAGUAGAGAGGUCCUUCCACCAUUCAAUACAGACAUUGGGGAACCUGUGAAUGGAUCCUUCUAUUUCAGGGAUGGAGAAGAAGAAACUCAUAUUAUAGAGCUGAAGAUUCUUCCCCAUGGGAUAGUUGAGGUGGAAGAGAUCUUUGUUGUAGAGCUUAGCAUCCUGUCCGGAGACAUGGAUGUUGAUUCUCACGCUGGAUCUGUAACACUCAAGAUUGAGAAGUUUGGUGACCCCAAUGGUAUAGUCCAAUUUACAGCUGAUGCACUUCGAGAACAUGUCUACAAUGAAUCCACUGAAGCAGAGGGGCCAAACAACAUUUCACUGUAUAUUACACGCAGAGAAGGUGUCAUGGGUAACAUCACGGUCCACUGGCAGAUACAGGGGGACUCUAAGCUAACAGAAGACUUUCUAGCCUUGUCUGGCACAGUGAUGAUCCUGGAAGGUGAAAGGGAGGCAGAAAUUGUCGUCAGUCUGAUGCCUGAUAGUGUGCCAGAACUGGAGGAGGUCUACACUAUCCUGCUCACAGCUGUGGAGGGAGGUGCCACUCUGGAUACCAACCCAAAUCUCACCAGCACUCGCAUCAGGGUGCCUGCUAAUGAUGAACCCCAUGGUGUCUUCACCCUGAACCCUGAGCAACAGUCUAUAGAAGUAGUAGGGUCAGGGUCAGAGGUCAGCAGAGUGCUGGUCGUGAAUGUGACGAGGCUCGCCGGGCUGUUUGGCAAUGUCAGUGUGGCUUACAAGAUCAGAGGGAUGGAUAUUGAGGAGAUACUUGGAGGACAAGCUGAAGGAAGGCUCUUGUUGCGAGAUGGAGAGAGCUUCAGGACUCUGACUGUACCCAUCAGUAGCCAGGUGUUUGUGUCUGUGGGUGAAGCCUUCACAGCUGAGCUCAUUGAUGUUAUGCUCCUCAGUCCGCUCCUUGGCACGAUGCCUCGCCUCCUUCAUGAUGCCAGUGUUGCUAUAGUAACUGUGCCAGAAGAAGCUGCAAGCUCUGAGGUUGGCUUUGCCUCUCUUGCUCUGCGGGUUACAAGUAUAAACACAGGGAUGUGUGAAGCAAAGGUGACACGAACAGGGCUGUUUGGGGAUGUCACAGUGCAGUGGAAAGCUGGGUUUCCUUCAGGACUGGUUCCUCCAGGUUUUAGUCUUGGAGCUGUCACACCAAGUUCAGGCUCACUGACAGUGGCUCAUGGAGAAAGCACUAAAGUCAUAACUUUUACAGCUGUUGCUGAGGUUUCUGAGGUGAUGACAUAUGCCAUACAUCUUACUGCUGCUACGUCCACUCAUGAUGCAGCCAACGCUGUCAAACUCAGGACUGGAUUUACUGUGGCAGAAGUGGAACCACUGGGCAUCUACCAGUUCUCCCCUGGUUCCCGUCAUUUAGUCAUCGCAGAGGACAUCCAGACCAUAACGUUAUACGUGCAGCGACUUUAUGGUUCACGUAGCAACAGUACCUAUCUGUCAUACACAACAACAACAGCCAAUGCAGCUGCAGGAGAGGACUUCACCGGGAUUUCAAGCGGACGUUUGGUCUUUGACUCGCCACAUCAAACCAACGCUUCAUUCCUCCUGUCAAUACUUGAUGACUCUGUUUCUGAGCCUGAUGAGUCCUUUCAUGUCAACCUAACAGAUGUCCUUGUGCUUAACGCAAACUUACCAUGGGCAGAUACCCUGCCUCGUCUCAACCCUCAGCACAGCGUGGCUACUGUCACCAUCCUGGCAAGUGAUGCGAAUGGCGGAGUGCUGAGUAUAGGACCUGGACUGGUUCAAAUAUCCGAGGACAGGGAUGAAGAUGCCAAGCAGGAGCGGAAAGUGGUUCUGCGGGUGCGCAGGUCGGACAGUACAGUUGGAUCUGUGAGGGUUCAAGUCCAAGCAUAUGGAGAUGGAAGUACAAGUUCACGUCUACCCUUCUCUCUGGAACAAAUUGGAACACUAGCAAAAGAGGAACAGGACUUCCGUUUGUUGUCCACUGUUGUGUCUCUGCAGGAUGGUCAGAAUGAGACAGAGGUGAUUCUCAUCAUCCUGGAUGACACAGAACCUGAGGGACAGGAAGAAUUCUACAUCUUCCUCAGUGACCCUGAGGGAGGGGCGCAGAUCACAGACACUCCAGACCAGGGAUUUGGGGUUGUCACCAAAAUUAUUAUCCUUGGGAGCGACUUCCAUAAUGGUGUUUUAGGAUUCAGCCUUAGUUCAUUGGAGGGCCGAGUUCUGGAUGAAGAUUCAAACAACAGAACUGCCCUACUCUACCUGCAGAGGCAAGAAAACAGAGCCUUUGAGGAUGUGCAGGUGUUUUGGAGAGCCACAUUCAGCAAGACCAAUCUAACACUUGUCAGCAACGGAAUCAACAUAGCCAGAGAGUUGGUGCAGUCCUCAGGAACUGUAUUGUGCAGGAGAGGAGAGACAAUAUGCAUUCUUAAGAUGGAGGUCCAAGAUGAUGAGGAACCAGAGUAUCGGACAUGGUUCUUGGUGGAGAUUUAUCAUGUGGGUGAAGGUGCCACCAUUAAUGAGACUACUCGUUUUGCUAACGUCACCUUGGCAGAGAGUGACGACCCGCAAGGUGUCAUCUUUUUUGCAGUGGAUCACAGACUGCUCACAGCCACUCGAGAGACCAAAAGACUAAAACUCCAGGUCUACAGACAAGCAAGCACAGCUUCAGUCAUGUCUGUGCGCUACCGCACAUUGGAACUUCCCAGAGAAGAGGCAGUGGGUCCUUUUAUAAUUUGGCCUGCUAAAGCAGGGAAUGAUUUUCCUGAACAGGAAGGCGAGCUAACCUUUGAUUUGGGCAAGCAUAACACAUCACUGGAUAUUUACCUGACCCCUGAUCAGGCCUCGUCCGCAGCUACACCAAAGCGAUUCCAGGUGAAGCUCUACAGUGCCACAUCAGGGGCGAAAGUGCACCCAGAGUUCGGGCUGGCUAAUGUGACUGUGGUCUCGAGAGAGAGCCACACUGUUUGGGCUUUAUUGGCACAUUUACAUCAGCCCCUUCAGCAGACCACAUUGGACCAGGUGCUGGCUGGACUGAUGAAUGAAGUCACCACGUCUCUCAGUCAUGAGCAGAUGACCGCAGUGCUCGAAGUUCUGGGAAAGGUGCUGGCAGAGGCGGAGAGCACUCCAUUAGAGAGCAGUAGUCAUAGUUUGACCUAUGACCUGCUGUGUGCUUUGGCCAAUUCCAGUAGAGUCGAUACCCGGGGCCUGAGCCAUCUCGCUGAGGUGGCUGAGCGAUUUGCAUUCUCCCUCCUCACACAAAGCCAGUGUGUAGAGAAAGGGGGUAUCAUCUUGGACACCUGUCCGUACUUGUCCAUCUCAGCAUAUCAUUGGUACCCCACGCAGAUCAAUGGGCACAAAUUCAGGGGUCGUAAUGAAGACCUGUUUAAUCUACCAGAUACCCUGCUGGAGGUACCAGUCCCGCUGUCUGGUGCUUUUACGCCGUCAGCCUGUCAGCACAUCCAACUGACUGAGUUCAGCACUGAACACUGGUUCCUCAGCAACCAUACAACAACCACUGCCCUCAGUGGGAAGAUCUUCUCUGUCAGCCUCAAGGGCAGAGGGUCACAACCCCUGGCUGAUGGUAAUGAGGUGGUGUAUCGUAUCCACACGUCUGGUAUGCAACUUAAACCGGGCCGCUCCUUGUGCCUUCUCUGGAACCAAAGCACUGCAAGCUGGUUAUCAGAUGGUCAGUAUUGCAGGGUCGUGAAAGAAAAUCCAAGCUAUGUGGAAUGUGCCUGCUCCCACUUGUCCGUCUACACGGCUUACGCAGAGAUCGCCAGUCUUGCGUCUUACAAUGAGGCCUUCUAUGCCUCUGGAUUCAUCAGCAUCUCAGGUUUUACUUUGGUGAUCUUAUCCCAUGUGCUUUGUUCCCGUUUCCCGAUGUUUGCUGCCAAACUACUUACUCACAUGAUGGUGAGCUGCCUUGGAACUCAGAUCUGUUUCUUGGUGUCAGCCUUCCGUGGCCGAAUGUUUUCAGAAGACAGCUGUGCUGCUUUGGCGCUUUUCUGUCACUAUUUCUACCUGAGUCAGUAUUCUUGGAUGCUCAUACAGGCAGUGAACUUUUGGCAGGUACUGCUGAUGAAUGAUGAGCACACAGAGCGUCGAUACCUCUUGUAUUUCCUGUUGGGCUGGGGACUUCCUGCUGUUGUCAUCAUCGUCAUGGUCAUCGUAUUGCUGGGCGGCCUUGGAUGGACCAUACACACGGUGUUCGGACUUGUGCGAGGAGAUGUGUGCUUCAUCCCAAACGUCUACGUUGCUCUGUGCACGGCGGUGCUGGUCCCUCUCAUCUGUCUAGUUGCUGUGCUGGUUGUUUUUAUCCAUGCAUACCAGGUUACUCAGCAGUGGAAGGCCUACGAUGACAUUUACCGUGGCAGAACCAACAGCACAGAGGUGCCGUUGGUUCUCUUCCUGUUCCUGCUGGUCUCUGUGGUCUGGUUGUGGGCCGGUCUCCAUAUGGGCUACCGAUCUCUGUGGAUGCUCGUCCUCUAUGUCAUUUUUAACUGCCUGCUGGGCCUGUAUGUUUUUGCAGUGUACUUCAUCACACACAACCAGCUUUGUUGGCCAACAAAGGCCAGUUACACAGUUGAGAUGAAUGGCCAUGAUGGACCUGAUUCUACGUACCCGGGUGGAGAUCCCGCCACUGUAGGAGGAGACAUUAAUAAAUCAACUCAGAACCUCAUCAGCGCCAUGGAGGAGGUGUCAGCGGACUGGGAGCAAGCAUCACUGCGACCUACCAUCCAGCCUAGCAGUGUGUAUAAGCCCAGCCCUGGGAUGGAGACCUAUGGCACGGAUGGAGGCUUCAUCAACACCAACUUGGUCAUUGCAGAUGAAGAGUUGCAAGAGUUUGAUGAUCUCAUAUUUGCAUUAAAAACUGGAACUGGCCUGAACGUCAGCGAUAAUGAAUCCGCCCACGGGAGCCAAGAUGGAGCGAGUGUAACCAACUCUCAAAUUGUUGAGCUGAGACGAAUCCCAAUCGCUGACACGCACCUGUAACCUUUUCACCUCACACAAAUUCAGUUAUCUCUUCCUCCCUCUUCAGAGAUAGAUGAGAAAAAAGUUACAGCACAGUAUUUUUGUAUUUCAAAUGAUUUUGCACUAAAACAGUUUUGAUUAGAAAGUUUUCAUAUAAUGUUUGAUAUGAAACUUGGUGUGAAGCUUUUUUAUUGUACAUCUGUUUUAUACAUAUGUAUAAAUAAAAACUUAUACAUAAAUAUUUUACUAAAUUAAUUUGAAGGAGUUUUCUGAAUGUAUGUUUCUUUUUUUUUUUGUUUCUAGCGACCUAGUGAAUGAAAUAGUACUGCUGCAAGGGAGACUGUGUAACAUUGUUAAUAAAAAAAUUUACCUCUGA